AUGUCUUCCCAAGCCCCCCACAACACCCUGCUCAUUCCAGGGCCCAUCGAAUUCGAUGAUGCUGUCCUUCAGUCUAUGUCUCACUAUGCUGAGAGUCACGUUGCCCCCGGUUUCGUUAAGACCUUCGGUGAGACCUUGUCUCUCGUGCGCAAGCUCUUCCAAUCGUCCAACCCCGCCGCUCAACCCUUCGUCAUCUCCGGCAGUGGUACCCUGGGCUGGGAUGUUGUAGCUUCAAACCUGAUCGAGAGGGGCGAGAAUGCCCUGGUCCUCCACACCGGCUACUUUGCCGAUUCGUUUGCCAACUGCAUUGAGACCUACGGGGCCCAUGCCACCCAGCUCAAGGCCCCCAUCGGUGAGCGGCCCUCGUUCGAGGAGAUUGAGCAGGCGCUCAAGGCGAAGCCGUACAAGAUCAUCACCAUCACCCACGUCGACACCUCGACUGGCGUGCUGAGCGAUAUCAAGCGCGUGGCCGAGAUCGUGCGGCGCGUCAGCCCCGAGACGCUGGUCGUCGUCGACGGUGUGUGCAGUGUCGGCUGCGAGGAGAUUGCGUUCGACGAGUGGGAUCUGGACGUCGUGCUGACGGCCAGCCAAAAGGCCAUCGGCUGCCCUCCUGGCCUGAGCAUCCUGAUGCUGUCCGGCCGGGCCCUUGACACCUUCAAGUCCCGCAAGACGCCCCCCGCCUCGUACUACGCCUCCAUCGGCAAUUGGCUGCCCAUCAUGCAGAACUACGAGAACUUCAAGCCCUCUUACUUCGCCACUCCCCCCACCCAGCUCGUCCACGCCCUGCACACCACUCUGUCCCAGAUCACCGCCCGCCCCAUCACCGAGCGCUACGCCAUUCACCGUCAUGCCUCGGACCGCGUCAAGGCUGCCGUCGCCGAGCUCGGCCUGAAGCAGGUGGCCGCCACCCCGGCGAACCAGGCCCACGCCAUGACCGCCAUCUGGCUGCCCGAGGGCCUCGCUCCCCCGGACGUGCUGCCCGGUCUGCUGAAGCGCGGGGUGAUCUUCGCAGCGGGUCUGCACAAGGAGGUUGCCACCAAGUACAUCCGCUUCGGCCACAUGGGCGUCAGUGUCACCGACCCCGCCCGGUCGGACAUUGACAAGGCCAUUGCCGCCUUGAAGGAGGCUCUGACCGAGGCCAAGCAGGCCAAGGGACUGUAAAUAAUCCAUGAGACUGCCAUAUUGAGCUUAGCAAAACUACGAACAAAAAUUGCAAAACAAUUCUGAAUAAACAUGCCCCUUCGAUUCAAAAUC